UCUUCCAUUGCCUCCGUCUCGAGACCUAACCUCCUAGCUGCUAGAGUCUGACCUGCGGGAGCUGACGUCCCGUCGCCCCCUCCUCACUUGCCCUUCCUCUCCGCCCCCUUUCGCCUCCUGAGAGCGCGCGCUCCUCCUUUCUAGCCUCGUGCUCGGGGCGCCCUCGGGGGGGCCAGCCCCCCUCCCGGUCGUCCCCUCAGCCCUGCCGCCGCCGCUGCCGCUGCCUCAGCCUCCUUCUUCUCAGUUCAGCGCGGCGCGGCCAUGGUGCGGCGGCGGCGGCGGUGGCAGAGUGAUGGCGGCGGCCUCGGGAGCGCCGUGGUCCUGCUGGCUCUAGCCUUGUGCGAGCUGCCGGGGGCCCGAGGCCGGGCGCUCGAAUGGUACUCGGCCUUGGUGAGCACGGUGUACGUGGACCCGCUGACAAACGCGACGGUGCAGGGCGCCACCGAGAGUGGCCGCUACGGAGACAACUCGCCCAAGGAGAGCCUGCAGGGCCUGGUGGGCAUCCCCCGCGCCCCGGGCCGCGACAGGAAGGGCUGCGCGCCCGAUACCCGCUACUACGUGCCUCCUCUCGGGGGACGGACGUCCGGGAGGCGCGAGCCCUGGAUCGCCCUGGUGGCCCGCGGGGACUGCACCUUCAAGGACAAGGUGCUCAACGCAGCCCGCAGAAACGCCUCGGCUGUGGUCAUCUACAAUGAGGAGCACUACGGAAACGGCACCAACUCUAUGUCCCACCUGGGGACCGGAAAUACAGUGGUAAUUAUGGUUAGUUAUCCAAAAGGAAUAGAAAUUUUGGGGCCAGUGCAAAGAGGAAUUCCAGUUAAAAUGACCAUAGAAGUUGGUACACGCCAUGUGCAAGAGUUCAUCAGUGGUCAGUCUGUUGUGUUUGUAGCCAUUGCUUUCAUCACCAUGAUGAUCAUAUCAUUAGCCUGGCUAAUAUUUUACUACAUACAGCGUUUCCUAUAUGCUGGUUCACAGUUUGGAAAUCAGAACCAUAGAAAAGAAACAAAGAAAGCUAUUGGGCAACUUCAACUUCAUACUGUAAAGCGUGGAGACAAGGGAAUUGAUGUUGAUGCUGAAAAUUGUGCAGUAUGCAUUGAAAAUUAUAAACCAAAGGAUAUUGUUAGAAUUCUACCAUGCAAGCAUAUUUUUCAUAGAACAUGCAUUGACCCCUGGCUUUUGGAUCACCGGACUUGUCCAAUGUGUAAACUUGAUGUCAUCAAAGCUCUAGGAUACUGGGGAAAUCUUGAGGAUAUACAGGAUAUGACAGCUCCAGAAUCCAUACCUGGCAGUGUUUCGAUUGUGAAUUUGAGUGUCACUUUACAAGAUGAAGACAGAAAUGAAGUAAGCAAUUUACCAUCAUCUUCUACGGAUGAGUCUGAGCUACAGUGUAACAACUUUAAAGAUGAUACAGGGGAAAAUACAGCAUUACUAGAUUAUCUGGAAUUGUUACAGCUGGAAAAUCAGAAGAAAUAAUUGAAAAGACAAACUGAAAAAUUUGACAGGUAUGUUUCUUGUAAGCAACAUUCUUGGAUUCUGGUUUCUACUCUAUUCUGCUCUCUGCUCCAUUUAAUAGGUGAGCUUAUCCUGUUGUCAUUCAAACAUUUUCUGGCAUUCCCCCAUUUUCUCCUUCAUUGUUCACCCCUUUUAUGUGAGAACAUUUCCCCCAUUCUGCCUGUCACUUCCCCUUUCUCCUAGUGCAUCCAUCUUUCUCCUACCUUCCAUUUUUGGGGGGAGAUCAUUCCUACAUAGUUGAUUCACACCUGUAUCCUCAUGGCUGUGUAAAAUACCUUUUAACUAUCUUAAUAAUGGUAAAGUUUUUAAGUUAUACAUAUCAUCUUCCUAUAUAGGAAUGUAAAUAAUUUAAUUUUAUUGAAUUCCUUGUGGUUAUUCUUUCCAUUUUUACCUUUUUAUUUUCUUGAGUCUCCUGUCUAAAUUUCACAUUUUUGGUCCAGCUCUGGUCUUUUCAUCAGAUAUAAUUGAAAGUCAUCUAUUUCAUUUGUUUGUUUUUCAAUCAUUUCCCAACUUUUCAAGAUCCCAUUUGGGGUUUUCUUGGCAAAGAUACUAGUUUGCUAUUUCCUUCUUCAGCUUAUUUUAUAAAUGAGUAAGCUGAGGCCAACAGGGUUAAAUAGACUUGUCCAUGGCCAUACACAAAUUAAACUCGGGAAGAUGAGUUUUCCUGACUCUAGAACAGGAACUAUAUCCACUGGACCUCCUACCUCAUUUUUGCUGGGUAGAUGAUUUUUGGUUAAUCCUGGCUCUUUUUUGCCUUUUAGAAUAUCAUAUUCCUGCUACUUUAACAUAAAAGUUGCCAGAUCUUGUGUGAUCUUGACUGUGGCUCCAUAAUAUUUGAAUUGUUUCUUCCUAGAUAUGCUUGCGGUAUUUUCUACUUCACCUGAGAUCUCUUUGGAGUUGAUUCUCUUUUACCUUUUGAUCUAAGAUAUCAGGGCAAGUUUUUAAAAAUUUUUCUUUCCAGUUACAUAUAGAAACAAUUUUUGACAAUUGUUUUCUGACAUUUUGCAAUUCAGAUUCUCUCCCUCUCUUCUUUCCCUGAUGGUAGUCUGAUCUCCAGUGCUUUUAUAUAAUAUAUAUUUCUAUAUUCCCCAUGUCAUGAUUGAAGACAUGUAUCACAUAUUGCAAAAAAAAAUUUUUUUAAAUGAAGUUUCCUUCAUUUAAGGAUGAAGGAUGACAUUCUUUAAAUCUAUGGUCAGAUUGCAACAGUUAAUUCUUUGUCCAUGGUUAGUGUAUUCUUUAUCGUGUUUCUUGGGACUAUCUUGGAAUCUUGUUUUGCUGAUAAUAGUUUAGUACUUCCCAGUUGAUCAUCGUACAAUAUUUGUUAUUUUAUACACUGUUCUUCUGGUUCUACUCACUUGACUUUUCAUCAGUUUAUACAAGUCCUUCUAGGUUUUUCUGGACAGUUCUGUUCAUCAUUUCUCAAGACAUAAUAGUUUUCCAUUACAGCUGUAUACUCCAUUGCCCAAUUGAUUGACACCUCUUUAGUUUCUCAUUCUUUGCCAUCACAAAAAGAGCAGCUUUUUUUUUGUUUUGCUUUGCUUUGUUUUUACAAACAGGUCCUUUCCCUUUUUUUUUUUAAAUCUCUUUGGGACACAGACCUAGUAGUGGUAUUGCUGGAUCAAAAGGUAUGCCUUUAUGGCCCUUUGCGCAUAAUUCUAAAUUGCCCUCCAGAAAUUUUUGUUAAUGUUGGGGUUGGCUCACCUAGCUGCUAGUGGGGAGGCCAAGAGCUCCAGAAACUGUGACUAUUGUUGUCACCACAAUGUGUGUGGGCUUCAGAUAGACCACCACACCUUCAUCUUGGUGUUGCAAAUUACUCUUGGAUACCUCUGAUGUUUUCUUAGACCAGAAAUAUAUCUCAUCUCAAUUUUUUGUUGGCUCUGCCAUCCUAAAAUUUGAGAUGUUAUUUUGAAGUGGUUUGAUGGGAGAUUAGGGUGAGACUUCAACUGGGUGACUGCUCCUAGUCUACCAUUUUCAAAUUGAAUAUUUCUAUAGAAAAGUCCACUGUUUCACUUGUCCUUUUUUUGUUUCCAGCAUAUUGAAAUGUUUGAGGAAUAAAUUAAUAAAAAAAAAACUUUUAAAAAGCUAAA